GCCUCUCCACUUUUGCGAUUGGUUGGUUGGUCUUGAGUUUCCGCCCCCACAACCUUGCGCCUGCGCUAGGGUCAGGGCAGAGACUCGCACCUGAUGGUGGGUGGCGGUAGCAUCCCUUUCCCUUCCGCGGGCGGAGGAGUUAGAUAGCUAACCAAGAAAACACCAUGAAAGAUACUGAUAUCAAGAGACUAUUGUAUGCCCAUCUCCUGUGCAUAUUUUCAGUUAUCCUGAGUACCUUCAUUCCAUCACUCUUUUUGGAGAACUUCUCAAUAUUGGAAACCCACCUGAUUUGGUUGUGUAUCUGUUCUGUUUUUGUAACUGUUGUCAAUCUUGUAUUAUAUUCAGUAGUGAAACCAAAUACACCCUCUAAAAGAAGUUCAUUAACACACAAGGUAGCAAGAUUUUUGAAAUGCUGUAUCUACUUUCUUGUGUCUUGUUUCAGCUUUCAUGUAAUAUUUGUUCUAUAUGGAGCACCACUAAUAGAGUUGGUGUUGGAAACAUUUUUAUUUGCAGUUAUUUUGUCUACUUUUACUACCAUGCCUUGUUUAUGUUUGUUAGGACCAAACAUCAAAGCAUGGCUACGAGUUUUCAGUAGAAAUGGUGUUACAUCCAUUUGGGAGAACAGUCUCCAGAUCACUACAAUUUCUAGUUUUGUAGGAUCAUGGCUUGGAGCACUUCCUAUACCACUGGAUUGGGAAAGACCAUGGCAGGUAUGGCCCAUCUCCUGUACGCUUGGAGCAACCUUUGGCUAUGUGGCUGGCCUUGCUAUCUCACCACUCUGGAUAUACUGGAAUAGAAAGCAACUUACAUACAAGAACAACUAAUUGGAGCAAAAGGAGAAGCUAUUUCUUUGUGCAGAUUCCAUAAAGACUGUGUGCAGAAAUGUAUAUGGUCAGGGCCAAGAAGUUCCAUUUACAGCACUGUUUAUGUAGAUACAACAUGAUGUGAUUGUAGCUUUUUAAACUAUGAAACCCCUGAGAGAUUGUACCUUCUAUUGAAAUAAAGUAUUUAUAAUAGAUUGUGGCUUCA